UCCCACAACGCGUUGCGGGCGGCGUCCUUGGCAACGGCCGCGAAAUGGAGUGUGAGAGGUGGUGAAGUGACCGAGCGGGGAAUUAAAGCCGACGCUCCUGGUGAUAACCUGCACUCGGGCUCUGGGAGCUGUCGCUCGCCAAAUGACGGUUAGUUUGAUCUGGAGGACGGACAGCCUGGGUCUCCUCGGCACGCCUCCGAACGAGCGAGAACCUCCACCGAGGUCGCUCUGAAGCGAAAUGGCGGACAGACGGAUGGCGGCUGCGGGUCGGGCUAGAUGUCAGGCGGUUCCGCCCAUUCCCAGUGCAGUCAACCGAAGCCUUCACAGCCGCAUUCGGGCAUUUAUAGAGGCCGAGACUGGCGAGCUGGGCUGCACGGAGCGGGGAAUCACUGGGCAGCGGUACAUCAUCUACAAGAAUGCAUUUGACAAGAUCAUUGAAAAUACCACAGCAUAUAAAAAUAUUCUCUCAGCCAUCAAACGGGAGUACGACGAAAGCAUCAAUGUUUUACUCAAAGGGCAAAGAGAUUCUUUAUUUCUACAGAGAAAGUUGAAAUCAAUGGCUUCUGAGUCGGCGACUCUCGUGGCUUACAAGAACAGAGCUAUGCAGCUUCAAAAAAAAAUUGAAAUCAUUAAAAAAAAUACAGCUGGAUUAGAAACUCGUCUGCAAAUAGCAAAAGAUUCAAGAAAUGUGAAAGAUGAGUUAACAGAGGAGACCCUGCUGCCAGAAAAAGAAAUCUCCCAUUUUAAACUCAUUCCAGGUCUGACAUUGGAGGAAUCAGUAAAUGUGGAGGAUCUAUGCAAGCACCUGCGAAAACUGGAAAGGAAACUCAAGGACUUGAAAGUGAGCAAAGAAACAAAAUAUGUACCAGUCCAGAUCAAAACUAAACUAAGCCAAGAAAUUAAUCAAACAAUGCAACAAUGGGAAGAGCUGGUCAUGGCAAAUGAGCCAUUAAAACUCAGGUACAUAAAACUGAAGAUAAUAGCAGAUGCAGUUGCUGCUUGGGGGUAUUCGGAUAAAAGUGUUUCUCUCACUGAAUUCAUUUGGCCAAAUAUGACAGAAGCAAGAUCUCUAAAAGAAGUUGAUAGUCCUUGGCCUGGGGUAUUUGAUGACAAUGAUCCUAGCAAUAUUGAUGAAGCUGCAUACUUGUUGGAGUAUGUUGAGAGAUUUACUAAACUCUUUGAGGAAAAACAAUAUCAGAGAGCUGCAAUAUAUGUAGCGAAUUGCCCCAGAGGCAUCCUUCAUAAUAUGGAGAUCAUGGAAAAGUUCAAGGCUGUCACAGAAUAUGAAGGAUAUGUUUCUCCUCUCCUGCAUUUCUUUGAAGCUGUGAUGAAUUCCUUUUCUGCUGUCAGACAUCCACCUAAUGCAAAAAUGUCGAUAGAAGGAGUUCAAUGUGCAUUGACGCACGACCGACUGGAUCUGGUCAUACGUUGGGUCAUACAACAGAGAUUGACUUGUUCUGAAGCUCUGGGAGACGUGAUUUACGAUUAUGGAGAUACUGAGCUGCAAAGCAUAGACACAUGUAUGGCUUUGGCUCAGAUCAUCUAUAGUAAAUCCGAUGUGCAUAAGAAAGCUGUUCUAUGUAUGUGCAGGCUUGGGGAGAUUUCUGGGGCGAUGGCAUAUAUCCAUGGGUCCAAAAAGUUCAGCUUGGAUGAUUAUUUGUUCUUGUUGAACAACUGUCGAAAUACUGAGCUACUUCAGAGCCUGACCCGCGAAUGGAAUGGAAAUCCAGCAGCUCUCUCAAUAGGACUAGCAGUAUUGUGGCUCAUCUCAAAUGAUCUCAAGGAAGUUGGAUUCCAUCUUUUGAAGGAGAUAUAUGAUUGCGGUCAAGGUGCUUUGGAACAGGCAAUCCUUAAUGAUGCUGUCUCUACACUGGAAGAUUGGAAGGAAAUUGCAGAAGCAUGCAACACUCAUAACUACAACAAAUUGGCAAACAGCAUUUUUACUGUGCUCACAUCUCAAGGAGGAGGAACAGUCAUAACAAUUACAGCAGAUGAUGACAAAGAUGGUGCAAAGUUGACAGAACAUGUUUUAUUGUAGUUCAGUCUUUCACUGUGCAUCUACAGAGUUUGUACGUACAUUCUAUAAAAUUCAAAAUGAAAGAUGGAAAGUUUACUAAAAUGGUAAAAAUUAUUGUUAAAUUCAGAAAUUUAAGUCGCAUCACAUUCUCAGAAAAUGUGUAUUUUUUCUAGUGGGUUCCUUCUGAAAUGUGAUCACUCUUCUAUAUUGCAGUCAAUUUGUUCACAGCAGCAACCAAUAAAUAAUAAGGUCCCAAAUGUGCUCCCUUGACAUUUGGUUCCUUUGAUGCCAAUGUCAACAUAACACCUGAUUAGCAAUAGUGACCAAAGACAAAUAUGUACAUGAAUUUCUUAUUCUAAAAUUAGGAACCCCCAACAAUACACAAUUUCCUCAGGACUACAUUGUAGGCAGAUUAUAUGCUCAACUGAACUCCUCUGUUUCAGAAUCAAGAGUGGUAUUAACUGAGCUAACAAAAUAUUAUUUAAUUUUUUCAACUGCCCUUUGUGGAACUGUGCAUCAGAUGCCAAUGCCUCUUAUGCUGAGAUGUGCAAAAUGGAUCGCACAUAGAUUACAGUCAUGAAUAUUGCAAAAUUUAUUGCAAAGGAGGCCAUUAUAUCCACAAUGAUCAAAAGAAGAAACAAUUUAAGCUGAUACCGCUUUCCAGCUUUAGGUCCUUAGCCGUGCAAUUUACAAC